UGACAAUGUAUAAACUUAUACAUUAUCAAUGGCUGAAAUACAAAGUACAAAAUAUGCAUAUUGCCAGGUUAGGGACUGAAUGAUGCAUGAAUGCCAUGAUGAGGCACCAAAAAUGUUGGUCAUAGGUCAGUGGAUUCCAAUGGUGAAACCAUACCCCACUGGUUUCAGUGAUUCAAUCAACACAACUUUUAAAAGCAAUCCCAACACAUUUCCCCUUCUUUCCCAGUUCCUACACCACUUUAUCUCAUCACACCCUAAAAUUUUCCAUCUCACUUUCCCUCACCUUCUCUCUUCCCAAUCACCUCUCUUAUCAUUUCUCUCCUUCAAAGCAAUGAAAGCCAUGCAACAAGGAAGAAGGUUUCUAAAAAAACUCAAAUUCAACCCUACAAAUACAAAGAUCAAAGGCUUAGUCUUUCACCUUAAUGUCCCGGAAUCACCGUACGUUAAAGAUCGAAAACACAAAGAACCCGAAACCGACAUCCUCGACCCGGAAGAACAUCCAUCUUUAUCGGAUUUCGAAGAGAAAUGUCCACCAGGAGGUGAAAAUUCAGUCAUUUUCUACACAACAAGCUUAAGAGGUAUACGUAAAACAUUUGAAGAUUGUAGCAACGUAAGGUUUCUUUUAAAUAGUUUCAAAAUAACAAUCCAAGAACGAGAUGUUUCAAUGGAUAUGGGGUACAGGGAAGAGCUAUGGGAAAUCUUGGGUGGUCGAGUUAUACCUCCGAAAGUGUUCGUUAAAGGCCGGUACAUCGGUGGAGCCAACGAAAUUAUCGGACUACACGAACGAGGCGAGCUAAAGAUGCUAUUGGAAGAGGUACCAUCGAACGGUGGCAUCGUCAAUAAUGUGUGCAAUUCUUGUGCCAAUUUGAGGUUCUUGAUUUGCACUAGUUGCAAUGGCAGCCGCAAGGUUUAUGAAGAAAAAGAUGAUGAUCAUCAUCAUCAUAAGAAAGAUAAUGAGUUUUGCAUUAAGAAAUGCAAUGAUUGUAAUGAAAAUGGAUUGGUCAAAUGCCCAUUUUGCUGCUGAAAGAAAUCUAAGUCCCAUUUAGAAGGGUCCUGAUUUAGUGUUUUGUGGAUGAACAAAGUGAUGAACUCUGUUUUUUAUUAUCUAAUUUCUUUUCUACUAAUAUUAACAAUAGUCUAAAUUAUGCUUUUUCUUUGUUACUUGAAGAAUUUCUUUUUCCAAUUUAUGUUAUUCGAAUUGUUACUUGAAGAA